AUGGUAUAUAGAGAGCGUACAUUAUCUGGCGAAGGAUUAAAUAAAAUAAAUGAAUAUGUGUAUAUCGAUAUUCCCCCUUGCCUUAUGAAUAAUGAACCUGUAAUUCUCGCAAAAGAGGAAGAUGUAUGGGCCUCAGUGCAUGAAAAAGAUGCAAAUGAGAAACUUCGCAUUUUGGAUCAAUUUAAAAAAGACGAAGUUGAAUUAAAUAAUCUUAUUCAUAAUUCUGCUAUACAAAGAGAUCAAAACAUCGAUAUUAUGAUAAAUUUUAUCAAUGAAAUUAACUGCCACGAUGAAAAAAUUGUGAGUGAUACUUCACUUAUUUCUAACUGUAAAUUAGCCGAUGAUGAUUCCAGAUCCAACAUUGACUGCACUCAUCUUUUACCUGCUAAUGUAAUAGAAAAGUCCAAGCAAGAUCAGUCAGAUUGGCUGCGAAUUACUGAAGUAGAAUUUGAUGAACUUAUCGAGAAAAGUAAUACUGCUAGACUUAAAAAAUGCGAAGAAAAUUUAAAUAUCAUCAGAAAUGUAAUAACGGAAGCUGAUAUAUUGAACCGUACAAAAAUUGAGAAAGAUGAUGAAUAUAUGGCUGAACUAUAUAAAAAUAUAUCUCGCGAUCAUUUUCUUUUGAAUGAGUUAGUUUUAUCAAUCAAUAAGGAAUUGAAUACAAAUUAUCAUAAUAUACAAACUGAAAUAUUAUUGCUUGAAAAUCCUAUGCAUAAUUUAUCAAUUUUAGCUUUGAAGUUAAAGCAUCGUCAAAAUCUUGAAAGAAUGGCGGAACUUUAUAAUGAAUUAUUAAUGGAUCGAGAUUUCCAAAGGAAACAGCUUUUUUGUGAUAUGAAAUCCAUGAUAGAGAAGGAUGAAAUUGCUCAGAGACAUGUUGCAGCUGAGGCUUUGAGACGUCACGCCGAAUCUGUUUUUCCCCCAAGAUGCUCAAAUUUGUACCAAAGCAAUGCAUUUGGUUCCUUUCUUGAUGACGCCGAAUCAGUUAGCAGAAAAUCUUAUAUUCAUGAGAAUGAGAAUGCUCAUCGUUUUUCUCACACAAAAUCCAGAAAAGAUAUUUUAAAGCCUUUAGAAAUGAAAGGUAUCAUUUUUGUUCGUCCUGUCGAUGAAUGUGUUGUGUGUGCAGAUAUUGUUUGUACCAUGUGGCCAUAUGAGCGUGUGUGA